AUGUCCCUCAAGUCCUUCAUCAAGUCCGUGCGCAACAGCAAGACGAUUGCUGCCGAGCGCGCGGCCAUCCGCAAGGAGAGUGCCAAGAUCCGGACCGCUUUCAGGGACGUCCACCUUGACAACGCGUCGCGGCGGACGAACAUAUCGAAGCUUCUUUAUUUGUAUAUUUUGGGCGAGCCUACGUAUUUUGGCCAGGUCGAGUGUCUGAAGCUGCUGGCGUCGCCCAAAUUCAUUGACAAGCGGCUUGGGUAUCUUGCAACGAUGCUUCUUCUGGACGAAAACCAAGAGGUUUUGACGCUGUUGACCAAUUCGCUCGACAAUGACAUGAAGAGCUCAAACCAGUACAUUGCCGGGCUUGCGCUCGUGACUUUGGGCAACGUUGCGUCUCCGGAGCUUGCCCGCGACCUGUAUGCGAACGUGGACGCGUUGCUUGGCUCACCGCACGGGUAUUUGCGGAAGAAGGCUGCGAUUGUCGCUGCCAAGCUCGUGAACAAGGACCCGGAUCUCAGCGAGAUUUUUCUGCCAAGAGUGGCUCCCCUGCUGAACGAGAAGAACCAUGGCGUGGUUCUGGGUGCUCUGACGCUGAUGCGAGCCAUCUUCAACAACGACGAGAGCUCGAGAGAGACACUCAAGAUACAGAUUCCGCGACUACUGGCGCAUCUGCGUAUUCUGAUAGCGACGGGCCACUCGCCCGAGUACGACGUGAGAGGAGUGCCGGACCCGUUUCUGUUUGUGUCGCUGCUGAGCACUUUGCGUCUGUUCUUAGCCAACGACGAGAACAACGCCAAUCUUGAGCCUUUAAACGAUUUGCUGACGCAGGUGUGUUCUAGGAUUGACAGCGCAAAAGGGUCUGGCUAUUCUGUGCUUUAUGAGACCGUGCAGACGAUUUUUACGAUCAACUCGGACUCGUCGCUCAAAGUCCUGGGCAUCAAUAUUCUUAGCAAGUUCCUGACCCAGAAGGACAAUAACACGCGCUACGUGGCGCUCAACACGCUGCUGAACGUGAUCAACUACGAGCCGCUUGCCGUGCAGCGCCACCGUACGACGAUUGUGGGGUGUCUGCAGGACGGCGACGUGUCGAUCCGCCGCCGCGCGCUGGAGCUCACGUUUGCCAUCAUGAACCAGCAGAACGUGCGGGUGCUCACGAAGGAGCUGCUGGCCUUUUUGCAAAACUCGGACGACGAGCUCAAGGAGUAUAUCACAACACAAAUUUGCAUUGCCUGUAACAAGUACAGGCCGGACGUCAGAUGGCACUUUGAGACGCUCAUCAGUUUGCUCAAGCUCGCAGGCAACCACUUCUCCAGAGAGAUUGUAUCUAACGUUCUGGCCUUGGUCAUGCAGAACACAGAUCGCGAGCUGACCAAGUUCCUUGUCGAGGAACUCAUAGCCUCGAGUCAAGCCCAUUACAACCAGUUUGCGCUGGCACUGGUCACCACGUGGUGCAUCGGCGAGUACGCCGACCUCGUCCUUGGCGAGAAAGUGUCCGCCGACUCGCUUGUCAAUUUGAUAGAAACAUUCCUCAACAUAUCCACUUUUGAGCAGGCAGACGCCAUCCAGAUGAAGACCUACGCGUUGACGGCCAUUUUGAAGCUCUCGGCCAGAGUCAGCUCGCCGCAGUGCAUCGAGCGACUCCGAAAAUUGCUGGUGUCGUUCCAAUCCGACUACAAUUUAGAGAUCCAAACUAGGGCUAUAGAGUACGCCGAGAUAUUCGGCCAGCCAGCCUCCAUUAGGAAAGCAUUGCUGGAGAGAAUGCCUGCGCCACCAGUCAAGCUGCACGAGGGUAUCCCGCUCGUCAACAGAAGCACUACAAAACCUGCCAAGUCGGCCUCGUCGCAGCCUGCCACCACCGGUGACCUGCUGCUGGACCUUCUGGGGGACGACGAGACACAUAAAGAGCACGACGCCGCGCCGGCGCCGGCCAAGCCCCAGGAGUCGACGUUGGACCUGCUGUCGGACAUCUUUGGCAGCUCCGCCUCACAGAAACAGCCGCAGCAGCCACCGCAGGAGACGGUCAUUCCGGCGUUCGCGGACGAGCACCUGUCGUUUGAGAUCGUCGUGAAGGAGAUCGGCAGCGGCAGAGCGAACCUCGAAGGACGCGUGCACAAUCUCGGCAGCUCGGUGGUGUCCGACAUCUCUGUGCUUUGCGCGGUGACCAAGCAGCAGAAGUUGCAACUCUCGCCCAUUGGCAGCAACACCCUUGCACCAGGAGCUACGUCGUCGCUCGGAAUCCGUGUGACAGGGCCGGUGGGCGCGAAGGUGAAGGUGCGGGUGAAGCUGGAGUACAGCGCUGGCUCGAAGGUGAGCCGGCAAUUCGACUCUGCCCUGCCAAUGACUAUGUAG